AUGACCUACAAGGCGAAUAUCACCAGUGGCGGCAGCGGGGCGGAGUUCUCCGACGCGCUGGCCCGACGCUACACGGAGCUGGUCGCCAACAGCACCAGCCAGUGGUUCGACAUCGUCAUGGACUACUACCGCGUGAUGGCCGACAUGAGCGUGUCGUUCGCGUACGCGGUCUCCUACGGGGCGGAAAACAGCGCUGUUAUCAGUUCCAACAUGAACGCGCUCAGCCUCCGCGCUCUGCGUGAUGUCAUCACCGAGGUCGACUCCACUUCAGCCAGUUUGGCCAUCGACCAUAGAGAGAACAAGCGAACUCUCCCCAUCUCCCUCUCCGUCGUCAUCAACCUCACCUUCACCAUCAGCAAGCAAGUCAUCAUCAACCUCGCCUUCACCAUCAGUGAGUGA